AUGUUUUUUUUAUACUUCGCUUUAUUCCGUCUCCCUUUCUUUCCCCCUCCUUUUCAUUUCUCUUUUUUUUCUUUUUUAUAUUCUUCCUCUCUUCACCUUUUCUUUCCUUCUCCUUUUCCUCCCCAUUCCUCCUUUGUCUCACUUGUUUCUCCCUUCUAUUACUCUCUUCAUCCGUUCCUUUCUUUUUCAUAUGUUUCAUCCCUUUUCUUACUCCCACAACCCGUUCGUUCCUUUCUUAUAACCUUUCUCCUUUCUUCACCGCCUUUCUCCAUCCCUCCUAUCCCUCCUUCCUUCAUUUAUUCUUCAUGUCUUCUCUUCUCUUCUCUUCCUUCCUUCCUUCCUUCAUUCUCUGAUUUCUUUCUUUCAUUCUCGUCGUCCCUCCACUCCCUCCCUCUUUUUCGCAUUUCAUUCCUCAUAUGCACCCUUCUUUCUUACCUUCUUUCCUUUCUUCCUACACUGAUUUCCUUCUGUCUUCUCUCACCCCCCCCCUUCUCGAUUAUUUCACCCUGUUCACAUUUCCUCCCUUAUUUCCCCCUUCCCUUCCUUCCGUCUUUCCUUCCUUUCUCCCUUCCUUCCUUCCUCCCUUCCUUCCUUCCUUCCUUCCUUCCUUCCUACACUGAUUUCCUUCUUUCCUUCUUGUCUUCCCUCCACUCCCACCUUCUUUUCUCAUUUACUUUUCUAAUUUCCUUCCUCAUAUUCACAAUUCCUUCCUUCCUUCCUUCCUUCCUUCCUUCACUGAUUGCCUUCUGCACUCCUUCUUCUCCCUCCUUCCUUUUCUCAUUUAUUUCCCCCUCUUCACACUUCCUCCCUUCCUUCCUCCCCUCCCUCUCAUCGAUUUUAAGGGCCCCUCGACCUUGUUUUUUGUCCCAUUUUCCUCGGUUCUUUCUGUAUUUCACCAUCUUUCUUUUUCCUCCAUUUUUCCCACCAUUUCUGACUAUUCUUUCGCUAUUUUUUCAUUCUCCGUCUUGUCUUCUCUUUUCAUUUUUCUCUUUCCCUCUUUUCCUCCUUUUUCAUUUCUUCUUUACUUUCUUCCCCGCAUUCUUAAUUUCUUCUCCCCCCACCAUUAAUUUUCUUACAUCUUUUCUACAUUUUCUAUCCCUUUCUUCCUCCCUUUCCUCCUCUCUAUAUAUUCCUUCCUUCCUUCCUUCUUUCCUUCCUUCCUUCCUUCCUUUUACUCUCAUUUCCACUCCCUUCUCUUUUCUUUCUUUUCCCAGUUUCCCCUCCUAUUUUGAUACGUUAUUUCCUUUUCCUUCAUACUUUUCUCCUCCUCCUUCUUCUCAUAUGUUUCUCCCUCUUUUCUACAGUUUCUUACGUUACCUCCUCUCUCCUUGUAUGUGCGCGUGUGUGCAAUUGCGUAUGUAG